CGCUCUCCGCUUUACGGCUAGGCGGCCGUGGCGGUUGCCAUGGGGCAGAGCGUGGGUGGCAACCGUAACUAGGGAGCGCGCGGAGAAGGAAGCGGGGGUCGCUGGAGGUGGCCAGGCGGCGGGACCACCCCGGCCUUUGGCGAACCGAGGUGGACGUGGUCUGAGACUCCCGGGGAAGAAUGUCCGAUGCCGGAGAAACCCCCCCAGAAGAAAGGAAAGGACACGGAGAGACAGAAAUGGAAGAAGACGACGCCGACGCUGAGGAAGUAGAUGAUUCCCGCCCGGAAUCAGGAGAGGACACGUUACCAUGGAGGGGGUCGCAGGAGGAGGAAGAGGAGAGGGAUGAGGAGGAAGAGGAUGGGGAGGAGGGAGAGGAGAAGGUGGGAGAGGGGGAAGAGGAGGAAGAGGAGGAGGAGGAAGAAGAGGAAGAGAUGGAGAAGGAGGAGGAGAGUGAGGAGGAGACUGAAGGAAUGCAGAAGAAAACCUCCGUGAAGUACCGGGACUUCAAGCUGAAGAAAACUGCCUCUGACUCUCUGUCGGGCAGUUCCUUAAGAAGCCCUAAAGGUAGCAAGACCAAGGAUUCGUUCCAGUCGGGAAGCUCCAUGCCCGAUGAGCUUUCCCGAGGCCCGAGCUUGCAAUACGAGCUUCUUGACUUGGAGCCAGGCAGCUCUGAGGAGCAGCAGGUUGGUCUUCACGAGAGGCAGUCGGCAGGUGAGCUGGAAGAAUGGACCGACCAGGCACCACACAGCGGAGCGGGGCCCAAAACAGCUGAGGAACCCAUACAGGGAGAGAAGAGACGAGACAAGCGCGUGUCCUACUCCCUCUAUGAAGAAGUCAAAGAAUUCCCAUGCAGGGUGGCGGUCUCCAAGCAGUCCCAGGUGUCCACCUCCACGGAGGACGGUCUCUUCCAGAAGGUGCCCGCCCCGGAGGUGCAGCCCCUGACGGUGACCUGGACGUUCGGAUGGAACAGCUCACUCCCCGUCUUCUACAUCCGCGAGGAGCGCCACAGGGUCCUCCUGUACGUCUGUGCUCACACGGUGGUCAUCUACAACACUUUCUGGAACAGGCAGCACCACCUGCAGGGCCACCCGAACGUCAUCUCCUGCCUGUGUGUCAGCGAAGACCGGCGCUGGAUUGCCACGGCGGACAAGGGGCCCGGCUGCCUGAUCAUCAUAUGGGACUCCUUCACAGGGGAUCUGCCCGCCCUGGACACUUCCUGGAGCAUCCCCGUGCACACCAUCUUUGACAGCUGCCCCGAUGGAAGCGGCAUCAGGGCCAUAGCCAUCACGCGCGAUGCCAAGUACCUGGCCACCAUCUCAGAUGCCGAAAUCCAGAAGGUGUGCAUCUGGAAGUGGACGUUAGCAGUGGAGACGCCAGCCUGCACCCUGGAGCUCCCCAAAGAGUACGGUUUCCAGAACUACCUUAUCUUUAACCCAAAGAAUAAUAAGGAAUUGGUGAGCAAUAGCAAAACACAAGCGAUAUAUUAUUCAUGGGACGAAGAGAAAGACACCCUCGUGCACAGUGCCCCGCUUCUGACAGAAAAAACGUUCAACAAGCUCGUGGGAAAAUUCAGCCAGUCCGUGUUUCACUUGCAUUUGACCCAAAUCCUCUCGGCCACAAUGGAAGGGAAGCUGGUGGUGUGGGACGUCCAGCGCCUGGGGGGCUCCCCCUGCAUCAAGCCCUGCAAGCUGGUGCACUUGCAGAGGGAGGGCAUCACGGUGCUCACCACCGUCGACAGCUACAUCGUCACAGGCGACAUCAGGGGCAACAUUAAGUUUUACGACCACACCCUGUCCAUCGUUAACUGGUACAGUCACUUCAAGCUGAGCGCCAUAAGAACGCUUUCCUUCUCCAAGACCCCAGCAGCUCCUCCUACGGAAAAGUCAAACUACCCUCCAGACUGCACCUUGAAAGGCGACUUUUUUGUUGUAAGGAACUUCAUCAUCGGGACCUCGGACGCCACCGUGUACCACCUAACCACAGACGGCACCAAGCUGGAGAAGCUGUUCGUGGAGGCCAAGGACGCCAUCUGUGCCAUCUCCUGCCACCCCUACCAGCCCCUCAUUGCCAUCGGGAGUGUGUGUGGGAUGAUCAAAGUGUGGGAUUAUGAAAAGAAAAAGUACCUCUUCAGCAGGGUCUUUGAGAAGGGCCUCGGAGUGCAGAGCCUGAGCUACAACCCGGAAGGAGCCCUCCUUGGAGCUGGCUUCACAGAGGGAACAGUUUACAUUCUCGAUGCCAUGUCCUUAGAAAACGAGAGCCGGAAGCCUUUCAAAUACUCCAGAAGCAACGUGACUCACAUCAGCUUCUCCCACGACUCUCAGUACAUGGCAACGGCCGAUGUGAACUUCACUGUGGCCGUGUACAUGGUCGUGGUCAAAAACGGACAGAGGGUCUGGGAGUAUUUAGCAAGGCUCCGUUCUCAUCGCAAAAGCAUCCGAAGUCUCCUGUUUGGGGUCCACCUGGACAGCAAUGACCCCAGACUGCUGAGCCUCGGGAGAGACAGGCUCUUGAUCGAGUACAAUCUUCGCAAGAGCUGCAAAGACCACCUGGAGGUGCUGGACAUCCAGCGCACCGAUCAGGGCAGCUACCCCACCUGCAUGGUCUGGUACCCGCCCCUCACCAAGGAGCUCUUCCUGCUCGUCUGCAACAGCGGCUACAAAGUGAAGCUCUUCAACUCCACCACCAAAAUGUGCCGAAAGACGCUUCUUGGGCCGACUUUUGGUUCACCCAUCGAGCAGACCCAGGUCCUGCCGGCGAGAACUGCUAAGGAGCUGCAGAAGCGCUACUUGGUGUUCAUCAACAAGGACAAGGUUGGGCUGCAGAUCCUGCCAGUGGACGGCAACCCACACAAGACAUGGGCCAUUGUUUGCCACCCAGACGGGGUGGCCAGCAUGGCCCUGUCCUGUGAUGGCUCUUACGCCUUCACAGCAGGAGGCCACGAUCGCUCGGUUGUGCAGUGGAAAAUCAACCUGAGUGCCCUGGAGGCAGCGGUCUCUCUCGGGGGUGAGGACCUGACCCCGUUCUACGGCCUGGUGCCCGGCGGCAGGGAGGGCAAGUUCUACACGGAGCUCGAGGACUACUUCUACUACUCGCAGCUCCGCAGCCAGGGCAUCGACACGAUGGAGGGCCGCCAGGUGUCCGAGCACAUCUGCCUGUCGGAGCUGCCGUUCGUCAUGCGAGCCAUCGGCUUCUACCCGUCAGAAGAGAAGAUUGCGGAUAUGUUUAAUGAAGUCAAAUUUAGCGAGUAUGUAAACACUGGGAAGAUAAUUGACAAAAUCAACUUGCCAGAUUUCCUCAAAGUUUACCUCAAUCACAGGCCGCCUUUCGGUAACACCAUGAGUGGCAUUCAGCAGACCUUUGAGGUUCUGGGUUUCACCAAUUCCAGAGGACAAAAGGCUAUUCGAAGAGAGGAUUUCCUGAAACUGCUCCAAACGAAAGGUGAGCACAUGACCCAGGAGGAGAUGUCCAACUGCUUCGCUACACUGUUCGGCCUGAAUCCUGAGGGCUGGGGAUCGGAGCCCGCUGCCACCUCCGUCAAAGGUACCUUGUCAAAGGAUCAGAAAUUUGCCUUGAAGAAGAACUUCCAGAAGAAAUCACUGCAGAAAUAUUCACAACGGAAAUCCUUGGCUUGGCCAUUUCAGAAGAUUCCGAACAAAGUGGUCAGUGAAGUUGUGAGGAAUGUUCGAAGCCCAGAGGCAGCAUGCUGAGUGUGUGUGUGUGUGUGUGUGUGUGUGUGUGUGUGUGAUUUCUGCAUUUCCCUGCCCACGUUCUGCUCAUCAGGACAUUUGGACAUUAAAAGCAAGUUUCUGUUCGGCAAUGGAAUUUGCAAAGUUGGACAUUCCACUGUUUCUGAAAUAGAAAAGUAGGGGGAGGCAGGAACAGCCCUGGCAGCUGGGUGCUGAUGGCUGUGGGAUCCCCGGGCCUGAGCCAUGAAGAGGGUGCUGUCAAGAGGUCCAUGCAGGGCACAGCAAGGCUGGGCUGGAGGUGGAGGCCUUAGCAGCAGCCGGCCCCCUUCAUGACACCCGCCGGGCAUCACCCCAGCUGUUUGGGGCCCCCAAGAGUUCUGUGAGUGGCUUCUUCUCUACAAAAUACCUAGGCGGUUGGUGAGGCCCUCGGGAAGCGCAUCACUGGUCAAGCUUCACAGUGGGGCAACUGCCAGAGAGAAGCAGAAGCAGCCAGCCCCGUGUGUGACACAUCUGGGCCUCACCUGGUACACCGCACUAGCCCAGGUGGUUGAUUGGCCGCCUCACACUCCACUGGGCUGCGAAGCACACAGGAGGCAGAAAUCAUCUGCAGCUCUGCACGUGGUUAAGUUGGCAGCGAUAUGUUGGCCUUUAAAGUAUGUUGGCACCAUAGUGUACACAGACGAAAGCUAGGGUCUCAGUUUAUCUCCAUUACUUGAAAGGCAGAUGUGUAUCAUAUGUAUGUAUAUAUGAGACACAGAGAGAAAUCUUCCAUCUACUCAUUCACUCGUUAAGUGCCCACAACAGCUGGGAGCUGGGUCAGGCCGAAGCCAGGAGCCUACAACUCAACCCAAGUCUCCCACAUGGGUUCCAGGGACCCAAGUGCUUGAGCCAUCACCUGCUGCCUCCCACAAUGUGCAUUAGCAGGGAUCUGGGUUGGAAGCAGGGCUUGGACUUGACCCAGGCACUCUGAUUUGGCACAUGAGCCAUGCACUGACCACAAGGCCUGAUUUUAGAGGCAGUAUCCCCAGAUGCUCCCUCUAGAGCAUGCCCUACCCACAGCAGGAACUUCCCCCAAGGAACCAGCAUCUGCAGUGACAUUCCUGAUCUGCUUUACCUUCUUUCUCUCAAUGAGAGUCUGUGAAACAGAGCAGCUGCCACUCACUGGGGCACAAGCCCUCUCUGCUGUGCAGAGUCCAGGUGGAAACUUGGAAACUUGGCACAGUGAUGGUCACUGGAACACCCAGGGACACGCAGCAGAACCGUCUCCCCCAGGCCAGGCUGUCAUGGCAACCCCAGGGCAGCCAGCCCGAGCCCAGGAUCUGCAGCUCAUCGGAUCAUGCCACCAGGGCUCUGCAACCUAGCUUACAUCUUGUUCUUACAGGCACAAAAGGAAAAACAAGCGCUGUGGACCAAUUUUGCAGCUGCUCAGGGCUCAGGAGCUACAUUAGCAAGCCAGUUAAAAAGUUCUUGGGGACAUCGAGGGAACAGGAAGCUCUCAAGUGACUUACUUUUUAUUCUUUUCAAAAUAUAACUUGGAGUUGGUUGUGGCCUGGACACCAGUCAGGGACUUUUUUCAUCAUCUCUAGCAUCCUUUGGUUUUGUGCUUAUCAAUGCAUUCACUGGAAGUGUUUUCCUCGGCAGAACUGACCACUGACCAGUGAGGCAGUGAGCUGGGGCCACCGUCAGGCGUGGGCUGAACCAGUACUGUGUGUGUGUGCAUGGAUGGGGUCCUGCUAAAGACCCCAGGAGCCACCACCAGCGGGCUGGUGUCCGUGGCAUCCCCCCCAUUCACUUUGGUGACCCCUGUCCUGCAGGUGCUUGCGUUGUCUCUCAUACUGCUUGACAAAGACAAGGUGUACCUGAGGUACCCCGUCCAGUCCCAGGAGGGCCCUGUACCUCUCCCCAGUGUAGGCCCAGCCUGCUAAGUGCUUGUGGAAGAGAAGAGGUUGGCGUUAUUGCCCCAUCUGGGGCAGAGGGUGGGGGUGGUGCACAAAGCUCACGCUCCCUGACAGCAACAACAAAGAGACAGAGACAGUGGCAUACAAUUUGUGCAUCAGGACUUGGGAUGGGGGUGGGCACUGUGAUGCAGUGGGUUGAGCCACCACUAGGGAUACCUGCAUCCCAUAUUAGAGUGCCUAGGAUGGAGUUUGCCUCUACUUCUGACCCAGCUUCCUGCUAACGUGCUUGAGAAACAGCAGGUGAUGACUGAAUGAAGUUCUUGGGUCCCUGCCACCCAUAAAGGGAAACCCAAAUGGAGUUCCAGGUUACUGGCUUCGACCUGGCCCAGCCCUGGCUGUUGAAGACAUUUGGGAAAUGAAGCAGCCAAUGGAAAAGCUCUCUUGCUCUGCCUUUCAAGUAGGGAAACAUAAAUGAAUAGAUUCUUAAAUGCCAGUUAAGAUGCCCACAUCCCAUAUGAGGGUGCCUGGGUUCAAUUCCCGGUCGCAGCAACAGAUUCCAGCCUCUUGCCAGGGCAGACUGUGGGAGUCAGUGGUGAUGGCUCAGGUAGUUGGGUUUCUGCCACCCACGUGGGAGACCUAGAUGGUGUCCUGGACCCUGUCUCAGGCCCCAGCCCAGUCCUGGGCUUUAUAACCAUUUUGGGAGCAAACCAGUGAAUGGAAGCUCUGUCUGUUAAUAAUUUUCUAAAGAAGUAUUUGUGUAUUUGAAAAGCUGAGUUUACAGACAGCGAGAGGGAGAGACAGAGAAAUGAAUCUUGCAUCUGCUGGUUCACUCCCCAGAUGGUUGCAACAGCCAGAGCUGAGCCGACUCGAAGCAGGAGCCUCUUUGGGUGUACCACAUGUUGCAGGGGCCUGAGGACUUGGACCAUUUUCCGCUGCUUUCCCAGGUACAUUAGCAGUGAGCUGGAUUGGAAGUGGAGUUCCUGGGUCUUGAACCAGCAUGCAUAUAGGAUGCCAGCAUUGCGGUAGUGGCUUAACCUGCUAUGCCACAAUGCUGGCCCCUAAGUAACUUUUUUUAAAGAUUUAUAUAUUUGGGAGCCAGCAUUGUGGUGUAGCAGGUAAAGCCACCACCUGUAAUGCUGGCAACCCAUAUGGGCACCAGUUCAAGUCCUUGCUGCUCCACUUCUGAUCCAGUUCCCUGCUAAUGGCCUAGGAAAGCAGUACAGGAUUGCCCAAGUUCUUGGGUCCCUACAUCCACAUGGGAAACCUGGAAGCAGCUCCUGGCUUCUGGCUUUGGUCUGACCCAGCCCUGGUCAUUGUGGCCAUUUUGGGGAGAUGAACUAGCGGAUGGAAGAUUUCUCUAUCGGUAACUCUGCCUUUCAAACAAAUAAUAAUAAAACUUUUAUUUGAAAGGCAGAGUGACAGGGACAGAGAUCUUCCAUAGGCUGGUUCACUGUCCCAAAUGCCUGCAAGUCAAAGCUCCUGCCAAGUCAAAGCCAGGAGCCCAGAGUUCCAUCUGAGUCUUCCACAUGGAUGGCAGGGCCCCAGGUAUUUAAGGCAUCCUCCCCUGCCUUCCCAGGCACAUUAGCAAAGGGCUGGAUCAGAAGCUGAGCAGCUAAAACUCGAACUGGUGGUAUGAUAUUGGAUGCUGGUAUCACAGGCAGCAGAUUAAUCCAUUGUGCCACAACAUGGGCCCUAAAAUUUUUUUUAAUUGUUAAAAAAAAAAAGACUUGUGGCAUGAUAGAUUCCAUCCUAUAUCAGAGUGCCAGUUCAAGUCCUAGCUACUCUGCUUCUAUCCAGCUUUUUUUUUUUUUGACAGGCAGAGUGGACAGUGAGAGAGAGAGACAGAGAGAGAAAGGUCUUCCUUUUUGCCGUUGGUUCACCCUCCAAUGGCCGCCGCUGCAGCCGGCGCACCGCGCUGAUCCUGGCAGGAGCCAGGAGCCAGGUGCUUUUCCUGGUCUCCCAUGGGGUGCAGGGCCCAAGCACCUGGGCCAUCCUCCACUGCACUCCCUGGCCAUAGCAGAGAGCUGGCCUGGAAGAGGGGCAACCGGGACAGAAUCCAGCGCCCCAACCGGGACUCGAACCCGGUGUGCCGGCGCCGCAAGGUGGAGGAUUAGCCUAUUGAGCCACGGCGCCGGCUCUAUCCAGCUUUCUGAUAACUCAGCCUCAAGAACUUGAGUCCCUGUUGUGUACGAGAGAGAUCCAGAUAGAAUUCUUGGCUCCUGGCUUUGGUCUGACUCAACCCCUGCUGUUGUGGGUGUUUGGGGAAUGAACCAGGAGAUGGGAGAUCUCUCUCUCUUUCCCUCUUUCUCUCUGCCUUUCAAGUAGAUGUAAAUAAAUAAACAUUAAAAAAAGAGAGAGACUUAGAGUCAGAAUACUGAGGACCACAACGUGCUUUGAAAGAACACUCCUUCAGAUGGGGCAUGGGGCCAGCUGACCUGUGCAGCAUUCUGGUGUUUUACCGCGGGAUCAGGGACGUGCAGAGUGGUGUGGGUUUCCAGAAGCAGCUGAGAGCCAGCCCAGCCCAGCCCAGAUCCUCACUGAAGAUGCCUAGGCCCCUCCUGAGGAUGGUGAGCAUCUAUGUGCACUAUGCAUUCUCUGCUUCUGCCAUUUAAUGGCUACCUGUGUGCCCUUGGGUGUGACUCAGCUCUUAAACCUCAGUUUCCUCCUGAACAACUCCUGGGGCAGUUGUGAGGAUUAAAAGAGAUCACACAAGUAAAGCAUUACUGGCACAGGGCGGCUCUUAAAAUGUGAUAGCAGCUGUUAUUAUCACUGGCAGGAGCUGUACCCGAGAAUUGGGAAGACAUUUGGUGGGAAUUAACCUCUUCCAGUCCUGAGUUUGGGUGUCACUUGACACUUGCUUGAACAGGAGUCUCUGCUGGAUUUGACUGCGUCCUCAGUAAAUAUUUGGAGGCUGCCUGAAGGAAUGAACUUGAAGCUUCAGUGCUGUCUGAACUGGCUUCAGAGUCAGGGGAGGGCCAGGUCCUCUGAAUCUCAGGGCCUUGUUCAUCAGGGUGUGCAAAGCAUCUUUCUGAAGGGUCGGCGUGCACUCUGUGAGGGCUCUGGGGUCCUGCUGCUCUGGCACAGGUACGGGCGGCUCUGGCUGCCUUCCAACCAGACCCAUUAUGUGCUCUGAAACUCAGAUUUCAUAAUAAUUCAAUGUCAAGAAACAGUCUUCCUGGGAUUUUUUUCCAACCAUUCAAAAACAAAAAACAACAACAACAACAAAAAAACGUGAAAACCACUCUGAGCUUGUGGACUGCACUCAAGUGGGCAGCAGCCUGGGUUUGCCCCGCAGGCUAUGGUGUGCAGAUCCCACCGACCUGCUUCCCAGGCCAGGGUCACUCCUCCUGGCUGACUCUUAGAAAUACAAAAACAGGCCAGCGCCGGGGCUCACUGGGUUCAUCCUCCGCCUGCGGCACCGGCAUCCCAUAUGGGCCCGGGUUCUAAUCCUGGUUGCUCCUCUUCCAUCCAGCUCUCUGCUGUGGCCCAGGAAGGCAGUGGAGGAUGGCCCAAGUGCUUGGACCCUACACCCGCAUGGGAGACCAGGAGAAGCACCUGGCUCCUGGCUUUGGAUAGGCACAACGUUAGCCGUGGCAGCCAUUUGGGGAGUGAACCAACAGAAGACCUUUCUCUCUGUCUCUCUCUCUCACUGUCUAUAACUCAACCUGUCAAAUUAAAACAAAUUAAAAAAAAAAAAAAAAAAA